AUGGAAACAUUAUCUCAGAAUAGCAAAUUAACUUUAAAUGAUACAUUAGAUCAUAACCUAGCUAGUGUGCUUUUGCCCUACCUUACUCUAAAUGAUUAUAUCUCUGGAGUUUAUCGCAUUAAUAAGAUGUUCUCUUCAUUUUACAAAAAAGGUGCUGACUUUAUUUGGAAAACAUUGUUCGAGUUGGAAUUCCAUGAUAAAGAAUACCCUGAUCACAAGAUAGAAGAAGGAGAGUCGUGGCAUUCAUACUUUAAAAGAUCAUUUGAGAUGUAUAAGAAAUUUAGAAGAAUAUGGGCAGGCAUCAUAACUAUGAGUAACAGAAAGAGUGUUGAAAGUCAAGAUGGGUAUCUCAGAGACUUUAAUGAUAGAACCACCGAAAAAUACCCAUUGUUCUAAUUAGAGGUAUUUUAUAAGGUCUUUCGAGAUCCUGCUUAGAUCAAGGAUAUUGAAGAUGUCUAUUCAGGUGGAAAUUUUUAUGAAUCUUUGCAGAAUUUCGUUCUGCAUACAACAGAAUUUUAUGAGUACGAGUUAGAGGUAUUGAUGCUAUCACCAGCUUCAUUGCUAAUUCUUUAGAAUAUUAUUAAUGUACAUUUGGGAAUCUUAGUUUAUCCAAUCCUGCAUACUAAGAAUUAUAAGCAUUCAGUAAUUUUAGACUAUCAAAAUCUAUUCAAUUAAGGAGUUGGAGCCUUAAUCUCAUGGGGAGGUCCAGAUAGAUCUUAAGUCUAAGUCCUUGGUUUAGACUUAAUGAAUUUCCUUGAAGAUCACUAUGAUAAAUUGGAAAGAAAUCAAUUUUUUAGUGCAAACUCAAGGAUUGAAUCAUUUUUUAACCCUGUUUAAGGCAGAGAGAUAAGAUAGCUUAGUGUUGCAGUGACAAAUGGUAUCAGAAUAGAAGCAUGUGCUAAGUAUAUACAUCAUUUCAGUAUAUUUGAUUUGCAAUAUCACUCGUAGCGAAGAUAUUACUUUACAUAUUAGAUUCGAGUCAUGGUAGAUCCUGAUCAUGAGGGCGAGUUUGAUGAUUGCUAGUUAACUACUCGUCACUGGGAGAUCUAUACAGCUAAUAGUUCAGUACCUGAGGUAGUUGACGGUGCUGGUGUUAUCGGCUUGUUUCCUCACAUCAGGAAAAAUGGUUAAAUCUUUUCUUACCAAAGUGCAACAUACCAAACAGAAUUAGGAGGCAGAAUGUAAGGCUGGUUUGAAUUCAAAUACCUAAAAGGAGAGAAAAAAGGUGAAACAUUCAAAGCUACGAUUGAACCUUUCGAACUAAGCUUAGAUGAAGGGACUAAACUAAUCCAAAAUCCCAUAUUUGAACCGUGGAUGCAUCAGCUUUGA